AUGUUUCUUAGCCGGUUAGCUACUCUCCUUAGCCUGCUUAGUGGGGUCCCACUGCUCACAGGCUCAGGGAUGCCUGGACCCCAUCCCUGGGCUGCAGCCAAUCGGACCUGGGCUCUGGAACCCCUGGUGACAGCUCCUUCCCUUAGUAGCUGGAAGACCUUCUUGGGCCUGCAGAAAACCAGGCGGCAGCAGAUAGGUAGCCUGAAACCUAGGCAGAAAGUGGCCACUGCCAUGUCUCUGCCACUGGAUCCACAGGAAUUGACCCAGGAGAUGUGUAAGGCUGUGCCCUUCAUUCAGGUUGUUUCCCGACCUGGCUGCACAGCCACCCACCUCCGCAAUCACCUCUGCUUUGGCCGCUGCUCCUCCCUCUACAUCCCCAGUUCAGAUGCCACCCCGAUAGUCCUUUGCAACAGCUGUGUGCCCUCUCAAAAGCGCUGGGCAUCCAUGGCCCUGUGGUGUCAUGCUGGCAGCCCAGCCACCCGUUGGCGGGUGAAGAUAUCCACCAUGCUGAUUGAAGGGUGUCGGUGCAGUCCAAAGGUGUGA